GACACAAGCUGGGAUGCCCAGGCAGCAUCUCACUGUUCACAGCACGUAUUGGGAACACACGGACAUGACUGAACAUUAACGUUUACUUUCAUGCGGUUUCUUAAACAUAGUGCACUUAACUCUUUAGUGAUCCAGGUGACCUAUGGGGUGAUGUGUUGGGUUUAUUUAAUGGUGUAGAGUUAAGUGAAUCCAAUGGGGUUGUUGGAUAAAUUGUCGGGCUGGCUCGGCCUCAGGAAGAAAGAGGUCAAUGUUUUAUGUUUAGGACUGGACAACAGCGGUAAAACUACCAUCAUCAACCAGCUCAAACCUGCAAAUAAUUCGAAUCAUUUAGGCCCAUUGUCAGAAGAUUGGAAACAUGUUAGUCAGACGCAGGCACAAGAUAUAGUCCCAACAAUUGGCUUCAACAUUGAAAAGUUCAAGAGCUCCAGCCUGUCUUUCACAGUGUUUGACAUGUCGGGGCAGAGCAGAUACAGAAACCUAUGGGAGCAUUAUUACAAGGAAAGCCACGCCAUCAUAUUUGUCAUCGACAGUGGAGACAAACUGCGAAUGGUUGUAGCCAAAGAGGAGCUGGAUACUCUUCUCAACCACGAAGAUAUUCGCAGCAAAAAGAUACCCGUAUUGUUCUUUGCGAACAAGAUGGAUCUGCGGGACGCCAUGUCCUCCGUCAAGGUCUCGCAGCUGCUGUGUUUGGAGAACAUCAAAGACAAACCGUGGCACAUCUGCGCCAGCGACGCUAUCAAAGGAGAGGGUCUGCAGGAGGGUUUGGACUGGCUGCAAGAACAAAUUGCACAGUCAUAUCAAAACAAUGAGCACAUGAACACUUGAAAUGCCACAGGAUCACAGGACGGGAUGAGCUACUGGAUCUCAUUCGCCACAUGGAGUGUUUUUCAGUUGAUGAUGUAGGCCUUAAACCUCACCGUCCUGUAGCCUAGUACAUGCUGUCACACUAGAGUUUAACCCUUGUGGAUCCCUCGAAUUUACUACCCUCGAGGCAAAAAUGGACAAAACUGUAUA